UAUAGAGAUGCAGUAAGUGGUAAAGUAAUGUCUACUAAUGUGUCAGGGGAGAGCACUCUAACCGGAGUCAUCCGGGGUCUGCAGCCCUCCACAGUCUAUCAGAUAUUAGUCCAAUGUAUCAACGACGUAGGUCUAGGUCCAGCGAGCAGACCCUUUCUCACCGUCACCACCAAUCCUCUACCUACUACAGCUCCCACUACAUCAACCACCCUCGUCACCACCACUACUACUACUGCCACUACCAGCACCACCACUACCAGCACCACUACCACCACCGCUCCGAUAACGUCCAAGUCAACAAGCAUUACUUCGCCAAGAAUUGUAACUCCUGCCACAACGAAAAUAGUACAAACCACGAAAACGCUGCCAGUCGGUAUUUCUACGACACAUGUGGUGUCAAACCCGAAAUUAUCGUCAUCAUCCGUUACGAUAAAUCAACUAUCUCCUAAAGUCACUGCUCCACUGGUAACUUCAGGUGCAACAAUAGCGCUUAUGUCCACAAGCAGCAGUGAUAUGACGUCAAUCUUUACCAAAAAGUUUCCUUCGUCCUACUUAAUACAUACGACCACGCCCAUAGCAAUGACGAGGCCAUCAGAAACUACACGCAAAGGCAAGCAUCCAUCUAAGUACCCUGAUUAAGACAUGUGCUAGAUAGCAUGUUGACUGCUUCUCAGUUAUGUUGUGUUUAGUUAGAGACUCCUUUACCACACACACGCGGACAUUGUAAGAUUAACCUGUUGCCCCUUACGUUGUGGAUAAUGCUUUAUACCGCAAUGGUGUCAGAUAAAAGAUUAAACU